UGAGGGCAGGACUGCGAUGCCAGUGUGCUAAUCAGCGUGCUCCAUUGCUGUCCUGUUGUUGCUGGCUUGCAGAGCUGGAUGGAGAAGCCUUCUGGGGGUUUGGAUUCCAAAGUUAACAAAAUAGGCAUCAAAAGUAGCUGGUAUGUGAAUAUUGCAUCCUUUGCUUUCAUAGAGCACACCUCUGCUGGAAGCUUUUAUUUCUAUGGGAGCAAACGGUAGGGGUAAAGAAGUCUCUAUUUUGGAGUCAGGAGCUUACUUUUCUUCAGUGGCGAUGCAGGGAGUCUGGUAUUAAGAGUUGAAAUGGAGACUGCAAAUGCUUCUCAUUUGUAGCUUUUGCUAGCUCCUGAAGGCAAUAUCAAGGUGACGGAUGAUUUGUGAUUCCACACGCUCCCUGAGCAGAGAAAUGUAUUAACGACAUUGUUUAUGCAGCAGUGAAAGUCACGGGUCAGCCGUUGCUGUGAGAUCAAGGGGAGAGAAUCUGUACUUCACCUUUUAAGGAGCAAGCCUAUGUGAGCUAUGUUUCAUUUUACCUAUAGCUUUCAUCUGUAAAGGUUUUCAGGCAUUACCUCUGUAUUGCUUUAAUACUCCCCUUUACAAAAACAAGGAUCUUCUCUUCUAGUUCUCCUGGCAUUCAAGGCCUGUGCUUUAAUACUAUGUAGAGAGGUAUGUACCUGGCUGGAAGCACAGUUUUAAGGCUAUGAACAGAAAUCUUUUCAUAACGCUACUCAGCAUGCUGUCUUUCUGCCUAUGAAUAUUUUAGUUGUGAACUGCAAAAAAUAGGUUUGUGGGGUGUGGCCAAAAGGAUGGGGGUGUGGAGCACAUGCUGGGAAUUUCCCAGCAACUGACAUAUGAAUUUGUUCUGGUCACCAGUGGUUUAGAAUCAGGAUUUGCUGCUCUCAGAAUUUUGCUGGGACAGUAGGGCUGCAUUAUGGUAGCUGUAGGUUUUUACUCAUAUUUUUCUACUGUUCUGUUUUUGCUGCUGGUAGUCACUAUUAGCCAUUGCUUGGGAUUGAAAUGCAAAGAACAUCAACAUCCUUUCAGUGGAAAAUGCUGCAAGGACUGUGCCCCUGGUGAAAGAAUGAGAAGCCGCUGCACUGCAACAACAGACACGGUCUGCGCCCCCUGUCAAGACGAAUACUUUAGUAGUGAGCACAACCACAACUUCUGCAAGAGUUGUACAAUCUGCAACACUAGGAAGGGAAGCAUGGAAGUGAAGAAGUGUGAGAAGACCUCUGACAGAAUUUGCAUGUGUGUUGCAGGUUACAUGCCAGAUGUCAGAUAUACACUGGGAAGCGAGUGCUCACCAUGCCCUGAAGGGUCUUAUUCCAUAGGGGGAAAUGAAAACUGUCGACCUUGGACCAACUGCAGCCUUCUUGGGAAAAAUACUCUUCGACCAGGGACAAAAACAGAUGAUGCUGUUUGCAGCAACCAUGUCACGCAGCCACCUGCCUCUCAGAGUGCCACACCUGCUGUGAAUCUCUCCACCACUGACCACAAGAAUAAUAAGUCAACUGCAGUGUUCUCACCAUCCAGACCCAGCGUGAUUCCUUUCAUUUGCCCGGAUACAAACAGCCCCACAGACACUAACUGGGGGUCUUUAUCACUUAUCCUUAUUUGUCUGAUAUUGCUUGUGGUGAGUGGAAUGUCCAUCCUCCUGUUGAUUAUCCAAGCAGCCAAAAAAGAGACCAAGAAGAGGCCUUGUAGAAACAACCAUCAGAACGACAGCACAUGUCCAAGUAUUGAGGACCAUGACUGCAAAUGUCGUCAGGGAUACAGCUGUAUUGAUAGUGCAUGUCUCUACUGCAAAAAACUGCCUGAAUGUGCGGAGGGCGAGGAGCUGGUUAAGAUUGGCAUUUUCGACUUCACAUUCAAAUGUAAACCAUGUGAGAUAGGAACCUAUUCUAAUGUGAAGAAUGGCUGGUGCCGUAACUGGACUGAUUGUGAAAGUUCUGGGUUUCUAACAAUCAAGCAAGGCAACAGUACACAUAAUGCAGUAUGUGGUUUCCCUGCUAAAGGUUUGGAGCAAGCUCCUACUACAAAUUACUCUCCAUAUACCACCAUCCUGGCCAUCCUUACUGCAGCGGCUGUAUUUGUUCUCAUCUUGCUGACCUUCUUCUUGCAUUUGUGCAUAUGGUCACUGAAGAAAGAAAAAUACCACACAGCUGACUAUCUGGAACAUAACUUCCCUAGGCUGCCGGUGGCUCCGCAACUGUCACACCAUAGAGAAGAGACUUACAGCUGCCAGUUUCCAGAAGAAGAACAUGGAGACAAAACACCAGAAGAAAAGCUUGCUAUUUCCACCCUCAGAGUCUACAAUGAAAACAGAUGAAUUGCAAUGUGCUGUGAGAAUGGGGAGCUGAGCUCAGCUUUUGAAAAAAAAAAAAGAAGGGAGGGCCUGGCUGCGUAAAGCAUCAUCAUAUACAUAGCAAUAAGGAAUGGGUUUGGGGGGAGUUUCGCUUUGUUUCUUCUCAACAAACCUAGCAUUUAGAAACAGAACAACUGCGAAGUCAGGCUGACAUUCAGUUCAGCUGCAUUGCAUUAUUGCAAGUUUCCUGGGUUGUUGGGGUUUUUUUUUCAUUGAUGCUCUUUUCAACUUUGGGACCAGGGACCUUUUUUGUCAUUAUUCCUCUUUGCAUCUUCUGCACAUAUAUCUGUAGUGCUCCCACAGACUGAUAUGCGCAUAGAAGGCAUCAAUCCCUUCAGUGCUACAGGAAAUACAGUAGUACCUAUAGGGCACUCACAGCUUUCACAGGCUAUCUAUAUUUCCAAGAUGUGUCCUGAUGCUCAUAUUACGGGAAUAAGGCAAUAAGGCAUUGUGCCUAGGAACCAUAUCUACUAAUCUUCUCCAAGCAGACGGUGCUUUUCACUCCUGCCAAAUUCCCCUCUUUGUUACGCAGCAAAGGGCCAUUACUCUUAAUCCAUUAAAUACUCCCCUCUCCAAUCCCAACAGAAGGUUUUGGUUAGGCCAGUUUCAGUGCACAGAGGUGCCACUCUGAGACUGCCAUGGUCACAUCAUUUGUGCUUGCAGAGAUUUUUCUAUGCAAGUUCUGUGAUCCCCUCAUGUCCCCCAGGGAAACUAGGGGAAGAAGGGGGUAACAUUUAUCCUCCUUCUCUUCUGUAACUCGGCAAUCCUUGGUAUCUGGAAUACCGGAUUACAAAAGGGAGACUUCUGAAAGGCUCAAAUGAGGGUCACGCUGUCUAGAGAAAUAUUUGGUUUAAUGCUCUCUUCUCACCUAGUUUGUAGAGUCGGAAAAGACAGUGAAAAACAGAGAAAAGCCCAACAUUUAUUCUUGAUGGUUUUUUUUCUCCCCACCCCAGAAGAAAAAGAACCAGAGCAUCUGCUGGUGUAUACCAGCAUAGCUCCAGUCACUUGAUCAUCAGCUGAAAGAUGUUGCCCUUACUGAAAAUUGUACCAUGGAGGAUUUUUUUUUGAUGUUAGAUUAGUGCUCCUCCAGUUUCAUAGUGCUCUAACAUGACUAGAAUUAACUGUUUUGCCUCAAUUUAAAGGGGCAGGAUUUCAGCUGGACUUGGUUGCUUUCUGUGACUUGACACUGAUUUCAAAUAAGAAUCUAGCCUGUGGCUUCAACUAGUUAAAACUUGUGUGUCUUUUUUAUAUAAUUAUUUUUGUGUUAUGUGACUGCAAUAAUAGAUUCAAAGCUCUGGAUGCCUUCUGGUUUGGCCUUCUGGUGAAAGCUGCUUGGAGUAAACUCCUUUAUGACCAAAUCAGCUCCAGGCAAAACUGAGUUUUGACUCAGCCUUCAUAUGAAAGGUUGUAAAUAUCUCACAGAACAGCCAUUACAUCAGUUUCUUCAUGAUUUCUCACAGAUAACGUAAACAGUACAGGGCUUCUAAAUUAAAUCCUAACAGAAUAAUGAAAUUUCUGUUAAUCACCUUACUAAAUUCUCAGAGGGGAUUAUUCCAAGUCUGAAUGACAUGCUGUUUUCAGUAGGGCUCUGUGAAAUUAGAAUAGCUGUGGAGCAGAAGUUAUUGCCUCCACAGAUGUGUGUUGCAAAAGCACUUGAAUAGAGAAUCCUAAGAAGUGGAACAGGUGAUUACCUUGGUAAGCUAGUCACAUAGCUCCAAGGCAGGCUUGGUGAGACUGGAUAACCACCUACCUGUUAGACUUUCAUGGAGGUGAGUCCAUGACCUCUCUAGGCAAUCCAGUCCAGUGACUCAUUUCAAGUCAGAGAAGGAGAGAGAUUUUGUUAGUUAAAAUUUAUAUUAUCCAUUAUGAUUAUGAGGAAGAAUUGACUCUUCAGCAUCUUUUUAAGCAUUCAUAAACUAUCAUCUCUCCUUGGUUUCUCUAGGCUCUUACCCUACUUCACAGGUUGUGGUUUCUAGACCUCUUAGUCUCUCUCUCUCUAAACUCUUUCCAGUUGGUCUUUCUUGAAGCCUUCCCUGGAGGAGUUCUUGGCAAGCUUGACUAGUGCUGAAGGAUUAACUUUCUGAUUCAUGGACAUGGUUUUAUUGCCGAACAUUUCUUCAGUGAUUAUGUCAAGAGGAGUUAUCCUAUCUUUUUUGCUUUUUGUGUGUGUGUGCAUUAUAGAAUCUUGUAACUGGGUGAAAUAAUUGUAAAGGAAAAUGAAGUGCAAAGGGUUGUCCUUAUUCACUGUAACAUGUGCCUCCAUAGUCCUAGUUUUAAUCUUCUAGCUUCUCUGUUACUGUGUUUACUGCAACCGAGAUCCCUAUAUCUUAGCUUCCCCUUCAUGUAGAAUGGGAGCAGUGGUACUUUGCAACCCUAAAAGGAUGUUGUGAGACAUAAUUAGUAAUUUCAAUGUAUUUUUGCCUUCUUUGAUCCUCUUACUAUUAAUUCUCGUGUUACUGAUAAUUUUUCCAUUAGGUAUUCCUAUGUGAAAUUCGCUUAAAAAAGUGAGUUUUCCUCCAUUGCUCUGGGAAAUGUGCAGAUUCUUAAUUGAGCUCAACUGGAGAUUCAGCCAAGGAAAGGUGAAAGCAUUGGAUUGGAUUAAAUAGGAUAACUUAAAGUGUAAGACUGUCUCUGCCUUGUAAGCAGUUUUGCUGUGGGAUUUAAUAAUCUCAGAAGUCCAAAUACUGGCUAGUAAAGACACUUCUUACUGCUCUUGGCUCUGUAUUGAUCCUUCCUGGUUUUUUUAAUGUUUUCAACAAGAUUUCUGAUUGUGACCUUUUGUAAAGGUAAAAUAAACUUGAAAAUAGAA